GGUCUCGCGGUUUGGGCGCUGUGGAGCGGAGGCGAGCGGGCACGGGCGGGCGGGCUGGGGUCGGCGCGCUGCCGGGAUGGGCAACACCGUCGCCAGAGAGGAUUUCGAGUGGGUCUACACGGACCAGCCUCAUGCCGACCGCCGCAAGGAGAUCCUGGCUAAGCAUCCAGAGAUUAAAGCGUUGAUGAAGCCAGACUACAACUUGAUCUGGGUGGUUGUGCUGAUGGUUCUUGCGCAGUUGACUGCAUUUUAUCUAGUUAAAGACUUGGACUGGAAAUGGGUGAUCUUCUGGGCAUAUGUUUUUGGAAGCUGUGUUAGCCACUCCAUGACUCUGGCAAUUCAUGAGAUCUCCCACAAUAGUGCCUUUGGCAACAGCAAAGCAAUGUGGAAUCGAUGGUUUGGGAUAUUCGCCAACCUCCCUCUUGGUGUCCCAUACUCCAUAUCCUUCAAGAGAUACCACAUGGAUCAUCAUCGUUAUUUAGGAGGCGAUGGAAUUGAUGUGGACAUUCCUACCAACUUUGAAGGCUGGUUUUUCUGCACCCGUUUUAGGAAGUUCAUAUGGAUUGUUCUUCAGCCAUUUUUCUAUGCCAUUAGACCUCUCUGCAUCAAUCCCAAACCUAUUACUCGACUUGAAGUAAUCAAUUUGUUGGCUCAACUUUCUUUUGAUGUUGUGAUAUAUUAUUUAUUGGGAGUCAAAUCCACAUUUUACAUGCUUGCUGGUUCAGUACUUGGACUUGGGUUGCACCCAAUUUCAGGACACUUCAUAGCUGAACAUUACAUGUUUUUGAAAGGACAUGAGACUUAUUCCUACUAUGGGCCACUGAAUUUGCUCACUUUUAAUGUUGGCUAUCACAAUGAACAUCAUGACUUUCCCAAUAUUCCUGGCAAGAGCCUUCCACUGGUGAAGAAGAUAGCAGCUGAAUACUAUGACAACCUGCCACAAUAUAAUUCUUGGAUAAAAGUACUGUAUGACUUCGUGAUGGAUGACACAAUCAGCCCAUAUUCACGUAUGAAAAGGCAAUUAAAGGGUGAAGUGAAGCAAGAUUAAACUUCUGGCAACCAAAAAAACUUUGAAAUGUCUGCUUGCUUUAAAGUGGCUGGUAUAAGGUCUCUUGCUAAAGCUGUUCACCAGUGUCCUGAAUUAAGAUUUACAGCAACAUAGCAAUGCAUCCUUAAGGAUUUUGUAGCAGACUCCUACCAGCUAUAACAUUCCUCGCAGUCCUCAGAUUUGUUGGUUUAAUAUGUCUAUGUUUGCCUAAAGAUCAGUGUUAUAUAUAUAAUGCUAAAUCACUUUGUUACAGGAUUUACUUUGGCAGGUGUUAAAUCUAUGUAAAAUACCUGCCUGACUCCUAAAAAAUACUGAGUUCUCAACGUAUUACACUGCCCACAACAUGCUGUUUAGAUGACUGUAGCGUUCAAACCUGUUAAUUCUAACCUAACAUGAUUUGUUAACUUAAACCUUCUGUUGAACCUGUUUCCUAACAUAUGGGUGGAUGAACUAAAUUUGCACAGAAAUGUUAAGUCUUUCUGUUCAAAUAUGUAAUGUGUCAUUCGAAGCAUUGCUUUAAAGUUCCACAUUUUCUAUUGAAAGUACCUUAAAGGAGCAAUCUGUCAGAAUGAACCUGGUGUCUUUCAGAUGGCUUGUGUGGCUUCCUUGUUGAAAGGUGGGGAAUUCAAGGGUAUUACCAACUUUGUAGAUCCUCACCUACUGUUUAAGCUGCUUGUGUUAGCAUAUAGCUUGAGCAGCCAGCAUUUAGAGUUGUGUUGCUUAAUGUAACUGAUACGGUUUUUCCUUUUUUCAUAAUGGAAAAAGUCUCGUUACAGUUUGAGGUUGUUUUUGUGUGCAAAGAAAAAGGAUUACACUUGUCCUAAUUGUCUCUGUUAUUGCCAUGGUUUUAAAUGCUCAAUCUAGAAAUAUUUACACUCAUUUGGAAAUCUGGCUUGCAUGGAAAACUGAAUCAAUUGAAACAGGUACUGUCUGGCAAACUGUUAAGCAUAUUAGUCAUGUGUGUACAUAAAAAGGUGUUGCUAAAUGACCUUUCUUUUUCCCCUAAGCCUACAGUACCCUACAUAAACAUUUCCCUUUCUUACAUAUUAAAAUGUGGUGGAAGCACAGGUGGUGAUAUCAAAUUUCCUGCCUAAGAAGUUUUUAAAUUGGGAACAGAGAACAGAUAGACUUGCUAAACACUGAAGAAUCUCUACAUACCUCAGCACAGUGUAUUUACCUUCUAUCACUUAAUGCACCAACGAUGGCUUUAAGCAGCCAAAGAUGGCUACAGAUCACCCUUAAAUCUCAAGUGGUGACCCUGUGAUUCACUUAUCAAUAGAUGGAAUUUGAUGAAGGUGUAACUCUUAGCUGCUGUCCACACUGGUCUGCUGUAAGUAACUUAGGUGCCACCUUUAACUCCUGCAUUUUGUUUUGGUGUGUUUUAGGGGAUUUUAAGAAGCUGAGGGCCUGACAAGAGUAUGUUGGUGCCUUUUAACCCUUGCUUGAUUGUGGUCUUAUUUUUAAUGUGUGUUUUGUUUAAGUGUGGGGCCCUUACCUGUGGCAAAGCAACAGAAAUGGUAUGUAAGUGUGCCAGCCACUUACUGGCAGCAUAAUGAAGUCACUUUGUAACAUGCUAGCUAGCCAGCAUAUUGCUCAGGGUAGAGUGUAAUGUCAAAAUAAACUUUAUCUAGUAUUCUUACAUGUAAUUCAAAAGCAAAUAUUAAAGUAAUAUUGGAUGAAUUUUUGACUGGUCCCCUUAUACUGAAGGACUUAAGCUUUAGUGAAAUUUGGUAUUUCUAUGGCAGAUGUAAGACCUGGUCUGUUGAGUGGUUGUAUAGACAAACUGUGAAGAAUCAUUGCCUUUCCUUUCUACUCAAGGAAAACUGACUUUGGUUGAACGACUUGAAUAGACUUAAGUUGCAGAACAUGCAUUUGGGGGAUUUUUUUAAGCCACUUCUGCAUGACUGCUCAAUUUAAGAAGCGAAAGGUGGAAUUAAAUCUCUUCAGUGUUGAUGGCUUAACAUAGCUGGAUGAAGAACAGAAAGUGUCUCUGAAAAGUUUUAUGGCUAAAAGCUAAAGUUUUCAAAAAACAUCAUUUAUGCCAGAUGAAGACUUAAGAUAACCACAGUUCAAAGUCAAAUUUUAUACUUGGGCUUAGUUACCUACUUCAUGUAAUCCUUGAUGCCCCUUACUGUCUUCCCAAUAGAUAGUGCAAGUGUGGAGUCCUACUUCUAAACAAGACUGAAGUUGCCAUCUCUUGUUUAAAAUUGCAGAUGUUGCUUUAAGGUGUUCUAUGAUCUUCUCUUCCAGCUGUGAUUAUAAAUACACUAUUUUCACUGUAAAAGCUGCAGAAUACUGGGGAAUUCCAUGCUUGCCAUGAUCUUUGAGACAUCUGCUACUGGCUACCUAUUGGAGAAGACUUACUGGACUAGGUUAAUCUCAGCCAGUGAGACUAAAGUUUGUGCCUACACCAUGGUCUGAUUCUUGCAUGCAUUGGUGAUGUCUAUUCUUAGGUAUAUAAUUCCUGUGUAAUACACAAGAGGCCUUGGCAUUUAGCUUGUAGUAGGGAUUUUGCCAGAAGCAGAUAAUCUAAAAGUUAGCCUGUAUGGCAUCCCUAUUUCAUCCCUAAAUGUUAGAAGCAUUUCUGGACCACUGGUAAGAGGAACUAAGACCAGCCAGACUGACUUGUUUGGUAUAUUCCAAAUGAAUACCUAGUUCAGUCCAGUUGCAAUGUGGUGUGUAGUCCAAAGGCAUGGCACAAAUAAGAUAGUAUUUUUUUGACAUACAUAUGAAUCAUCUAGUUAUUAUUUUUAAGGAAUUCAGUAACUUUAAUGCUAUUAGAAUCUAUCUGGCAGAAACGGGUUAGUGUAAUGUUUGUAAUACUUAUCUGAAAGUUGGAGGGACCUUUGACUAACCUGUAAAGA